CAUGGAAGCACCUGGUAAAGACCUCCACAGUCAGUGAGCAUUGCAUUCGUUCUUUUUUUCACGAUCUUCUUACUUUAAUAUCUGCCACAUUCAACAGAUUUUCACCUAUCUGCCAUCAUAUUUGCACCUCCAACGUCCAGGACCCUUGUAAGUGCAAAUACAUAAUGUUCCUAUUAAGGCUGUUAAUUACUUAUGCUGUGCUUUUGCCAGCUUCAUUGGAAGACAUGGCUGGCCAGCUAGCUAGCUAGCAAGCUUACUUGGGCUAGCGCUAAUGUUAGACGCUCUUCGAUUGAUUGCAAAAUUAGCUACAUUUUGGUGAGAUGGGCAUCUUUUACAGCUAAUUUCACAGUCAGAUGAUAUAUUUUGUGUUUGAAUCUGUAGUUAUGUCAUGAGUUAUGUCAUGUUAUUCACUUGGUUUUAAGUGAUGCAAUCUGGAAUCCAACAUUCCCAGAGCUAACGUUAGCUAGGCAACUGUCAAUUUGCCCAUGGUGUCAGUCUGAGAUGCAAGUACAGUCCCUAACUAAUAUAAUACUAGUAUCUAAUAUACUAAUACCAGAACCAGUAUCUGGGCAGAGGAGACGAUGCAUAUGACGAGUUCAUCAUCUCCUCUGCCCAGAUAUUGGUUCAACUAAUACCUAGCUACCAUAUAGCUAUGUUGUUUAGCUAACUAGUUAACUUCACAUAGACAUAAGGUGAACGUGUUUAACUUCUGUUUCUGGCAAGCUGUUGGCUACUUGGCCAACUAGUUUUUUUGUGCCUUAUUUUAGCAGCUAACUUUAAUUAAUUGGUGCAAAUGUAGGGUAAUUCGACAAAUUGUUGAACUUGUGAACAUAAUCGUUGAGGGAUGUGCACUUCACAGUACAAUGUCAAUGCCACCAUCAGCUGUCAGAUGACAAGUGUCAUUUUUUCUUUUUUCCCCUCGAUGAGCCACUAUUAAACAUGAAUGGUCAGAGUCGCUCCCUUCCUCAAGAAACCAACACUCGACCCCUCUGACAUCAAACUACAGACCGAUCUAUCUGCUGCCUUCGACACCAUGAACCAUCAGAUCCUCCUCUCCACCUUCUCAGAGCUGGGCGUCUCAUAUUGGCAGGUCGCACCUACUAGGUGACGUGGAGAGGAUUUAUGUCUGCACCAGGUCCUCUCACACCAGGGCUCGGUUUUAGGUCCUUUCCUCUUUUCUCUAUCCACCAAGUCACUCGGCUCCUUCAUAUCUUCACAAAUGAUAUCUCUCCGAUCACUGCUAUGCAGAUGACACUCAACUUAUUUUCUCCUUACGCCCUUCUGACACCCAGGUGGCAACACAAAUCUCUACGUGCCUGUCAGACAUCUCAGUUUGGAUGUUGGCCCGCCACCUCAAGCUCAACCUCAACAAGACGGAGCUGCUCUUCCUCCAGGGGAAGGUCUUCCCGCUCCAAGACCUCUCCAUCACAGUUGACAACUCCACGGUGUCCCCCUCCCAGAGCGCCAAGAACCUUGGCGCGACCCUAGAAAACACCUGAUCGUUCUCUGCAAACAUCAAAGUAGUGACUCGCUCAUGUAGGUUCAUGUUACAACAUCCAUAGAGUAUGAACUUUCCUCACACAGGAAGCAUUGUAGGUCCUUAUCCAGACACUUGUCAUCUACCGUCUGGACUACUGCAACUCUUUGUUGGCUGGGCUCCCCGCUUGUGCCAUCAAAUCGUUGCAACUUAUCCAGAAUGCCGCAGCACGCCUGGUAUUCAACAUUCCCAAGUUGUCCCAUCUCACCCCACUCCUCCGCCCAUUCCACUGGCUUCCAGUCGAAGCACGGAUCUACUUCUAGACCUGGUGCUUGCCUACGGAGCAGCAAGAUUCCUUCCACAACUUGUGUGGAGCGACCAGAGAUCACCCAAACCGAUGAGGUUUUACUGAUCCAGUUAAGAUUGUGUUCCCUUUUCCACAUUUGACAAGCGGAAAGAAUGUCGGAAAGGGCCGAUGAUGACGUCAGGGGGGAGCAGCGCAGAGUGGCCAGGCAGCUGAAGCAGCAACAGCAGCAGAUCCAGCGGGGAGAAGGCUCCACAGCAAUGGCGACUGGUGCGGAGCGCAGAUCCAUGCCUAGUCCAGAAAUAAUGUUGGGACAGCCUUGGAGCAGCUGGGUCGAUGCUGCCAAACUCCACGGCAACGACGGUGCCGAAUCAGAGGAAAGUUUGAAAGAGUUCGGGAAAAAUCGAGAAGCCAUGCGACUGUGCAGAGAUGACAUGCCCAUAUUUGGCCAGUGUCCAGCACAGGAUGACUUCUACCUGGUGAUGUGCAGCCACUGCAGUCAGGUGGUGAAGCCCCAGGCCUUCCAAGCACACUACGAGAGAAGACACAGCUCGUCCAGUAAGCCCACCUCCACCUUAGCCCCCUCCACAGCUCUGUCUCGGAGCAGUGGGCCGGUUGGUGGGGGUGUCAGUGGGGGGGCCAUGGGCCGCUCUUCCAGUGGGACCAGCACCUCGUCCAACUCCAAAAUCCUCAAACCAGCCAAAGAGAAGCUACCAGGCAUCCAGCAGAGACCUCACUUCCCUCCCUUCAGGAUGCUCAACGACAAGGUCCUGACCCCUGCGGUCAAAGUGGAGAAGAUGCGUCUGAAGGUGGAUUCGUCAGCCAAGCUGGUGCAGGUUCCCUCGGCCCACUUAUCGUCCUCUUCCUCCAGCAGCACUGUGAGCUCCUCGUCACCCCUGAAGCCAGGCCUUAACUGUCCCUCCAUACCAAAGGCUCCCCUGCUUGCCCCCGGCCAGAUCCCCAACGGCAAGGGCCACGUCUCCCUGGAAAAGAAGCAGGACAACAGCACUAGUAGCAGACAACACCUCUACAAGAGACUGUCAGAACGUGAGUUUAAUCCAGAUAUCCACUGUGGGGUCCUGGAUAUGACAGCUCGGAAGCCAUGCACACGAUCCCUAACAUGCAAGACACAUUCCCUAAGCCAGCGGAGGGCAGUGCUGGGCCGGAGGAAACGCUUCGACACACUGUUGGCAGAGCACAAAAGCAAAGCCCGGGAACGGGAACUGCAGCACCCCCACCCCCUGCAGACCACCCCUCUCAGGGAACCCCAUCCCUCCCCCUCACGGCUCGCCCCCCACCACGACGCCCACCAGGUCGCUCAUGGCAACGGAGCCACCGACGCCACCAAGCCUUUGGCGUUUGGCAAGCCCAAACCUCACAAUCUUGGUCUUCCACGGCUGAACAGCAUUAUCUCUGAUGGAGGUGGGGGUACCCCGGGAGACCCCCACCACGCUACGUCCGCUCCUGACGGGGGCUCCCGCCUGUCCAGUGACGAGGGGGAGAACGAUGAGCGGGAGGAGUGCACAGACAAACUGGACUGUCACUAUUCAGGUUACCACCCACGGCCGGCAGCUUUUUGUACCUUUGGAAGUCAACUGUUUGGGAGAAGCUGCUACUCGUUUGACCGGCGCUGGGAUCGAAUGCGAUGUGCUCUUACCGCCAUGAUGGACAAGCACGUCAACACUCAGAUGUGGAAAAAAAUCCCUUUCGCCUUGGAGAACUCCUCCUCUUCUUCUUCCUCUGCGCCGGCCCACAGGACAACCACAAACUCCUUGUCCUCAUCACACGGUAGCGCCCCUGCUUCGGGCUUCCUCAGCCCCUCCUCUGCGCCCCUUCCACCCCCCUACACUCAGUCCUACGACAGCAAGUCUGUGCUCUCGUACGGGACCACCUUAAACGCCCGUGCCUCCCCCCAGGGCGCGGCCGACCACCCUGCCUACAGCGCAGCACAGGCCAGACAAGUGUCUUCGUCGCCCCAGAUGCCUUCAGCCCACUCCUCGGUCCCCUCCCUGUCCUCAGGACGACCGCUCAAGUCCAGAUCCAGUGGCAAGUCCUUCAGACCCCGGGAGUCCUCCUCCACAGCUGCCAUAACCAACUCCACCAGUGGGGGCAGCAGUGGAGGAAGCAGCAGCAGCAGCCUCAGCUCGGGGAAGAAGAGGAAGAACAGCUCCCUCCCUACAUCGUCUCACGCUACCACCUACUCCUCAGAGUCCUCUUCCUCCUCAAACACCACCUCUUCCUCCUUCAAGAAGAACUGCACAGUUCACAGUGGCAGCUCAGGGAGCACGUACCACCAUGCCUCGCUAGUCUCCUCCUCCUCCUCGUCUCACAGUGGCGUCCACAGUGUGGGACUCAACUGUGGCCCCAACGCCCGGACCAACUCCCUCAGUCUGAAGGCAGAGCCGUCGGGGCCAGCGGGGUUGUCGGGGUCCGGGGUCAGAGGCCCCCCCUCGGGCAGCCCGGCCGAGUCCAUCAAGAGGAUGAGUGUAGUGAUGAACAGCAGUGACUCCACCCUCUCCCUGGGGCCCUUUGUCCACCAGGCCCCAGAGCACCACAGCAGCUUCAGCCAUGCCCACAAUGACGGCCGCCUAGAGGGGAAGAAACGCAAGGGCUCCCCCGCUGUCAGCUCCAUCAACAGUGGAGGAGGUGGUAGUUUAGGGGGCGGUGGCGGGGGGCCGGGCAGGCCCAAAGUGGCCAAGUCUCCAGCCAUCAACAACAUCCACAGCAAACAUGGACGCACAAUCCCAGGAGCCACGGGGCUCACCAACAACUCCCUCAUCCAUCAGCCAAAGGCCCGCCCCUGACAGCGAUGGCUGGGUUCUCUGUAUGGAACCGAGGGGCGGAUGAAGAGGAGGCAAUCUGUGCGCUGCUCUGGACUGCACAAGGCCUUCUAAUACGUUACUCUCAGCUUCCCAAGAUCCUCAGGGUGGAGAUGAUCUGGACAGCCCAGUGACGUCACUGUUAUCGUCUAUAGUGUAACUAUUCCUCCCAAAGCCAUGUAGGAGCGCCGUGUGGAGGUGGCAGGCGUUAACACCCGGAGUGGGUCACACUUGGCCCCCUGUCAGUCAGGGUACAGAGGUAGAUCUUCCUAUGGGGAAGACAGGCUCCUACUCCCUCCUUUUCUCUCCUGUCUGCCCUUUGACCUAUUGUUGAAAUUCCAGAGGUACGGAGGAAGGGAAAAGUGCUGGCACAACAGCCAUGGCACUGCCCACCAACCAUCAUGACGCAGAGCCACUGGGAUUGACUGGAGAGCUCUCAAGCCGCAAUCUGUUGGUUUCCGAUGAGCUCGUGUGUGUGUGUGUGUGUGUGUGUGUGUGUGUGUGUGUGAGACUAGAUUCUACUGGAAAUUCAAAUGUACACCUCCACGCCUGAACUCAGAAGCCUUGGAAGGAGAGGGCAGGAUAAGGAAAAACUGUCAGUUGCAACACUUCGAACACAAUCACAUUGUUGUUUUUUUAAUGCUUCCACUACAUUUUGUCGGUUGGUUUUAAUCAGUGUGACGUGUACAUAACGUCAGGUUAUGUAUAGUAGCCAGAGAUGAACCACAUGAGGAGCAGAUUCAGUCAAUUCUAUAUGAGUUCCAUACAUGACCCAAACAAUUAUGCAAGUGUUACUUUUUUAUGUUUCUUAUGUUUUUCACUGAAUUUAACUACAAAAAUCUGUGUGGAGAAGAAAGUAAAUUGUGCAUGCAUAUGUGAAAAAAGGAUGCCUGAUACGACAAUUUGAUUGAACGGUUGUGAAAGAGGCUUGUCUUGAGGACAAGUGUUAAUUCCUACAAUAUUUUUAUCUUACAAAUGAACAGCUACAGUAGACCUAGCCCUAACUGUGAACAGCACUAAACAAACACAGACCCACUACUUGCUUUAGGACAUUUUAAGUCGGGUUUAUUUUCCCCAAAAGCUAGCCAAAGGCAGCCAUCCAUUUCACCCACCCUAGUCUGUAACCACUACGCCAGCUUUGGCUAUUGGCUAUUAGGAUUUCCAUUCCGGUACCUUCAGUUAUGUCACAAUACAGUUGUCCAUCACACUUGUCCUUCGUCAAAGCACGGAAUCUUAAACUGGCAAUACUUCCCCGUCUGUCUCUGAGAUGAGAUGAUGCUCCAUUGCCCCAUCUGUCUCUGAGUUGAUGCUCCUUGAUAUCGUGUUUUUUUUGGGGGGGGGGGUGAGAUUCAUGGAGAUGGCUUCAGAGUAGGUUACUACUUUUUGUAACUCCUGUAAAUUUCGUAAACUCCACUGAUGUCAGGCAGCGAGCUUAGCUGAGGAGCCGACUAUUUUCUAUCUUACUUUCGCUUUUUCUUGUAUGAAUUGAACAAAUAUCGAAGUAUCCCUAUUUCAGAAUACAUAUUUUAUUAACGAAUUGUACAUAUUGAAAUAUGUAUUUUUGCACAGGCAUUUUCUUACACAAUUUUUUGGGGUACAAUUGAGAUCAUUAUUAUUUAUUAAAUGAAAGAACAAGUUUAAGAACUUAACUUAUUUGAAGUGGUUCACUGCCAAGUCUAUAAUGCAAUAGGCCUAUAACUAGAGGUUGAAGCAUCUCAUGAAUCAUGUACUGGGAUCCUUUAAAACAGGGGUGUCAAACUCAAUAUUGCCCCAAGGGCCGCACUCAACGAGGUGAAUGUAGGUGUAUUAUCAUUUCUACACAGUUUCGAUUUGGUUUUAGUCCUUAAAACAGUGUUCCCCAAAUUCGGCCCGGGGGUAGUUUUAUUUUCAUUGUUGGACAUAAAAGAUAGUAAAACCACCAGGAAAUCAGCUCCAAGGGAUUUUAAUUUUGGAAAUAUGCUCCGAAGUAUUCCCAUACUUAGAGACACCUGAUCCUAUACAAAUAUAAGCAUGGUUUGAAAGUAUUAUGUUUUAGUCAAACAUGAUAUGUUUGGACUUCUUGCGGUCAAUUAGUAAUAUAUAAAUGAUUAUUUUUAUGUAAUUAUGUUCCGGUCCCCUGACCAGCCGCUCAAGAAAAAAUCGGCCCACGGCUGAAUCUAGUCAAUGAUCCUUUGUUUUAAAGUAUAUUGAGUUUGUUUUGUUUUACUCAAAUCACCCACAGGGUGGAUUGGACCCCCCUCAAUGUUUGACACCCCUGCUUUAAAAGGUAGUGUUGCCACGAGCAUGUGUUUGUGUGACAGACAAUACUUUGUUUUUAACUCUCCAAGGUCUCACCUGUGCUUUUUACUAUUUUCAAUAGUUGCCUCUGAAUCAACAAAGAAAUGAUCAUUUUAUUUGACCCAAAUAGCCUGUGAUUCUGAAAUGUCCCGCAGGCUGAAAGCUGUGCCCGUUGUCUAAGCGAUUUCCAUAGAUUCAAUCAUUUACCUUUUUAGACGAAGACCUUGUAACAUUUCAUCAUUUGAAACACUUUCCCUUAAAGCUGAAGGGACUUAAGCAAUCAUUAAAGCAAGGAAGAUGAACCCUUCAAACAGUGAAACUGCUUGCAUCAUUGUUGCCAAACAUAAUUUGAAGCGCAGCGUUUUAAGGAAAUUCUUAGUUUUCAGCUUUCAGAAAUGCUGAAAUAAGAAAGUGCCUGCAUUUGUUUCACACUGACUGUUUAAGGACAGAACUUUUUUCAUUUUAGUUUUACCUUACUUGAAUGUUCAAAGUGUUUUAGGAGCUUGCUUUUAAAAUAUGCCUAUGAACCCUAAAUGUGGUAAAAACCUGAUUAGCUUGUCAGCUAGCUGGUAUGAAGUACGUCGGGCUCUAUUCAAUCCGUAUCGCAGAAGUUCAGUUAUAUCGUGAUUGAAAUUUAAAAACAAUGUUCCCACAUUAGCGGUAAACUCUGCAUGUUUGCCUAGCUACCCAAACUCCUUGCUCCAGGUAACUGCUAUGCCACACCCACAGAUGUUUUGUUUCUUCUCCGCAAUGAUCUGGAUCUGAGUACCUCCCUGACCAUUUCUAGAAUGUAAACAAAAAACUAAACGUGCACCCCUUUGUGUUCUGAGGAUGGGAAACGCUGUUCUAACCGUUCUGGUCCAGAGCCAGAAGACAUGGGUAAUGCAAUGUUUGGAAAUUCAACAUUGGCUUUGAUACUCUAAUUGGGUAGAGAUGAUCCAAUCGCUUUGAUACUCUAAUUGGGUAGAGAUGAUCCAAUCGCUGAGGACUUUUUGUACAACACCAAAUGACUUCAGUGAUGGUAGUCUCAAACUGAAGUAUGUAGCGAAUGAAAUAAUUCAGUUUGAGUCGUCAGUCAAUGCAUGUCAGCUCAAUCGGAGAUGACCUAACAGUAACGCUUCAGCGAUCCACAUUGAAUAGAGCCCGUAGUGUUAACUUUUUUUUUUAUCAACGUUUUCCAGUUGAGACGUCUGAGAUCUUGGUGCAGACCAGGGGGUAUUGAAGCUCCCUGGUCAGUUAUGAAUUGUUUAACAGGUUCAGUAAAGUGUUUUUGUUUACCCUCAACCCCACUCACAACGCUGACCUUGUUUCCAUAUGAUGGAAACUUUGCAAAGCUGUUUUUAUCAAGUACCACAGCCUUGGAAUGUGAAAGUGAGAGAACACAGCUUGCGGGAGGAACAUAUUUUCAGUAGAUAACUCCUAUGUAAGAGCGUGUAUAGUAUUUUGUUUUAGAACAUCAGAAUCAUUUGAUCAGCUGGACUUGUAUUGGCUGCUAUGUAAUUCAUGAACAAACAUGGUAGGUUAGAUUUACUUAAUAUUUAAGAUUGUAUAGUCUUUGUUUUGUAACAUGUUUCUGUAAAUAAAUAAUUUAUACAGCUAUUUAUACAGAAAAAAA